GGGGCGCACUUUCUGCGUGGAGCGUGGAGCGCGUCUACGGUAUUUUCACGACGCCGAAUGUGUGCGAGAGCACAUGCGGUAAAUUUAUUCUUUCGGUAUCUUGAAUUAGCACGUGGUUAAAGUGUCGGGACGUUAUUGUAACACAGUGAUUAUUAAAAUAAUUAUUGAAUGAAAUAGCACACGAUAGUUGGAGCGGAUUUUUCAAAAUAAGAAUGUUGCUGAAUAUUGUGCAGUUGACGCUUAGGUCGAUUCACGGCGCAAAACUGUUAAGACCAGGCAAUUUAAGAUCGACAAUUAAAUGCGGAUAUGGUACUGAAUGGUAUAGUCGCAGGCCUGUUGCUAUUGUCAAUGAACACGAGAUUCUCGAUACUGAUGACACGACGAAACCUAAUAAACCAAGAACUGCUAGAACACGUAGGAGAUCAAGAGACAAUUCACGCGAAGAGAAAAGGAAAGCUAAGGAGGAACCUGAAAUUAAAGAAAGUUCUGGCACAAAACUAAAAUAUACAGCCCUGGAGGCAAACGAUAAGCUCAUAAGCUCGUUGAUGAUAGAUGUAAAGACAAAAAAGCAGAGAGAAAAGAAUGGUCAAAUGCUGCUGGAAGGCUAUCGCCUAAUCAAAGAUGCACUUGAGGCAGGGGUGGUACCAAAAGUGAUAUUUUUCAAUAGACUAUCCGAUAUACUGCCACUGUCGCUUCCCGCAGAAGUAACACUGUAUAAAAUUCCGUAUCGUACGAUUCAGUUGUGGUCCAACUUGACAACUUCUCCUGGAAUUAUUGGAAUCUUUGAAAUCCCAGAUGUAGAGGACAAAGAACCACCUGAGGAUACUAUACCUUUGACUAUCAUCUGUGACAAUAUCAGAGAACCAGGAAAUUUAGGGACUAUUGUAAGAGCUGCUGCUGCAGUCGGUUGCGAGAAGUUGGUAUUAAUGAAAGGGUGUGUGGAUUUAUGGGAGCCCAAAGUUGUGCGCAGCGCUAUAGGUGCACAUUUUCGCCUACCAAUAGUUACAUCCGUUUCAUGGGAUAACAUUCCGACGUUGAUAAGUGACGAGUCUGCAAUUUUUCUAGCGGAUAACAAUAUAACGUAUGAAAAUGACUCAACAGAUCAUAAGGUUAAUUCAGAGUCAACUGUAAGCACUUCCAUCGAAGGCAAUAAUAAUUAUAUGGAAGAAGAUAAUGUAGAUGUGGGUGAUAAUGAAAAUACUGAAGAUAAUGUGGUAAACCAAUUGAUGAGGGAAACCAAAUUACAUAAAUCAACAGCUAAAACUAGAUUGCUAAAAAACCAAAUAAUAUCUCAACUUUCAGUUAAACCUUACUAUACAUUAGAUUUUACAGAAAGGGAAGUAGUACUUGUUAUUGGUGGAGAAACCGAAGGUGUUAGUCUUGAGUCGUGUAAAUUACUACGUGCAAGAAAUUGCACUCGUGUUAAUAUACCAUUGACCAAUGGCGUUGACAGCUUAAAUGUUGGUGUAGCUGUCGGUAUUGUUACAUUUGAAAUGAAAAGACAAUUUGUAAAUCGCAAAAUUGAUAAUGAAUAAAGUUAUUCUCAAAUAUUUACAGGU